AUGCCGAUCUCGCAGCCCGCCGUUGCACGGGUAGCUCAGGUCUGGCCAAAAUGGCUCCCCAUAGCAGUUUCCCAGGCAAUUGAGGCCCCUUCCCUCGCUGGAAAGCCCCUCUCAUCUGCCUACUUCUCGAGUCCUCAGCGCCAGACAUACCCCGUAGAUUCUGCUGCGGCGAGCAGGGCAUCUAACCCACUAUCACAAAAGCUACCCAAUUCUCCUCAACAAAUCCGCAACAUUUCGACCUCCUCGCGUCGAGUACGCCAAAUCACGAGCCAAAACAUAUCUUCUCUGAAGCCACCACAACAAGUCUGCGACUUGACGUCUCCCUCCUCAUCGGAGCAAUGGACCCCCCCUCCCGAUGUCUCCAAAAUGCCCGUUGCAAUUAUCGGAGCAGGAGUUCUUGGACGUCGGUUAGCGAUGAUCUGGGCUUCGACGGGGAGGCCAGUGAACGUCUACGAUGUGUCCCAAUCAGCAAUAGACUCAGCAACUAUAUACAUUGCGGACCAUCUUACUGACUACUGUACGAAAUACAAAACCCAUCCGGGCCGUGUACGCUUUACCACGGAUUUGGAAGACGCGGCGGCGAAUGCAUGGAUGGCCAUUGAAGCCGUACCUGAAGAUCCAGAACUAAAGAUAAGUAUUUUGAAUAACUUGGAUCAAGUCACCCUCAAGAGUUGUAUCAUUGCGACGAAUUCGAUCAGCUUCACUAGCCGGGAAUUGUCCUCAGAGGUGUCGAGAAGAUACCGGUUACUGAACACGCUAUAUUAUAUCCCGCCGGAGAACCGCUGCGUGGAAUUGAUGUCUUGCGGAUAUACCUCUCCAGAGAUCUUCAAAUUUUUAAGCCAACAGAUGAAAGAGAUUCGCUUGAGACCAAUGGUCGCGGUCGACGACGCCAGAGGCAUGAUUUUCCCGCGUAUAUGGGGAGCUAUACAAAGAGAGACGCUUUCUAUGCUUCAAAAAGGUGUUGCCGCACCUGAAGAUAUCGAUGGCUUGUUUAGGGACUUCUUUGGCGCGGAGAAAGGCCCGUGUGAAAAGAUGGAUGACGUCGGGCUGGAUACUACGACUGCAGCUGAGCGGCAUUACCUAGCUAAGAUGGAAAACAAGGGGUUUGGUAAAGGUCAUCUAAAGUGGCUUGAAGAUGAAUAUGUCGGGAAGGGUAAGCUAGGACAGAAGAGCGGGGAGGGCCUGGUUAGCAAAACGGAUGAAAAUGGCAAAACCAUUCGUCGCGAAAGCCCAGCACAAGAAGUAUGGAAAGAGCAUUCGAUAGAUGUGUCUGGUUUGUGA